UUUUACAUAAUUGGGGAGCAUCGUUAUAGUUGGGAGCGUGCGCUUGGCUCCCAAAGUGGAGCCGGGCCAUCGAUGUACAGUCAUGAUCCGAGAAUUGCACUCUUUGCUGCCUCAACAUCAACAUCCUCAUCAUUAUCCUCAUCAUCCUCCUCAGGCAACAAUAAUCAGCCAAAUAAUUUAAAUAUCCCUAUUUGCAAACGCACUCGCAUUCUCAAUACCAUUCCCAAUUUCAAUCCCAUUCUCAAUCCCAUUCCCACUCCCAUUCCCAUUCCCAUUAUUAUCCAAGCACAAAUGCUCGUAUUGUCGCUGGCUCCAAUAAUUUCAAUUUGCGCUCCCGCAAUACUCGCAAUAUUUUGGGGCAGCAAUCACAGCAACAACGCAAUCAACCACAGCAUGUUGUGCCACUCAAUGUGCGUGCCACAGCUGGCAGCACCACCGCAAUGCCCCCGCACAGUGAGCACUCCGUGAGAGGAACAACAAAUGGUGCCGGAGUCGGAGCGGUUAAUCCGACUGCUGGUUCAACACAAUUGCGUGAUAUUGGACGCAAGUAUCCAUUGUGGCUGCCCGAGUAUAAACGUCGUGCAUUCAAUGCCUCCAUGGAUGAAAAGUAUGUGGAAAGCAUUUGGGCCACAUUGAAGAAUGCCAUACAGGAGAUACAGAAGAAAAACAAUUCGGGAUUAUCAUUUGAGCAGCUAUAUCGCAAUGCCUAUAACAUGGUACUCCAUAAGCAUGGCACCCGCCUAUACUACGGUCUCCGAGAGGUUGUCUCCGAGCAUUUGGAGCAAAAGGUGCGACAGGAGGUGCUCGAGAGUUUGCACAGCAAUUUUCUGCCCAAAUUGAAUCAGGCCUGGACCGAUCAUCAGACAUCAAUGGUCAUGAUACGCGACAUACUCAUGUAUAUGGAUCGGGUUUAUGUGCAGCAGCGUGGCCUCGAUAAUGUCUAUAAUCUGGGUCUUAUACUGUUCAGGGAUCAGGUGGUUCGCUUUCCGGAGAUACAAAAGGCGCUAAGGGAAAAACUACUAGGCAUGGUAUUGGAGGAGCGUCAUGGUGAGGCAAUCAAUCAUUUGGCGAUCAAGAAUGCAUGCACAAUGCUCAUCACAUUGGGCAUCAAUUCACGCACCGUUUAUGAGGAGGACUUUGAGAAGCCAUUCCUAUCACAGUCGGCGGCCUUUUACAAGUUCGAAUCGCAAAACUUUCUUGCGGAGAAUAACGCUGGCGUUUACAUUAAGAAAGUGGAGGCCCGCAUCACGGAAGAAUCAUCACGUGCGGCACUCUAUUUGGAUAAGGAUACGGAGCCGAGAAUUGUGCGUGUCGUUGAGGAGGAGCUGAUUAAAAAACAUAUGCGAACCAUUGUGGAAAUGGAAAAUUCGGGUGUGGUGUACAUGAUUAAGAAUUCGAAAACUGAGGACUUGGCAUGCACAUAUAAACUAUUCUCGAGACUUAAAGAGGAGGGCCUCAAGGUGAUAGCCGACACAAUGUCGGCAUAUCUGCGCGAACAGGGCAGCAUGCUGGUCAAGGAGGAGGAGAACGGCAAUACAAAUCCAAUAACAUUUGUCCAAAACUUGCUCGAUCUCAAGGAUCGAUUUGAUCAAUUCUUACUACAUUCAUUUAGCAACGAUCGACUAUUCAAGAAUGUCAUCUCAGCUGAUUUCGAGCAUUUUCUCAAUCUGAACAACAAAUCACCCGAGUAUCUAUCGCUCUUCAUCGAUGAUAAACUGAAAAAGGGUGGCAAGGGCAUGAGCGAACAGGAAAUUGAGACCAUUUUGGAUAAAACAAUGGUGCUGUUCCGCUUUCUACUCGAAAAGGAUGUGUUUGAGCGCUACUACAAGACACAUUUGGCCAAACGUUUGCUGCUCAACAAAUCAGUCUCAGAUGACUUUGAAAAGAAUAUGAUAUCCAAACUAAAGACUGAAUGUGGCUGUCAAUUUACAUCAAAGCUGGAGGGUAUGUUCAAGGAUAUGUCCGUAUCAAAUACAAUUAUGGAUGAGUUUAAGAGUUAUGUAAAUAAUAACAAUCUGUCAUUGAGUGGCGUGGAGCUAACGGUUCGCAUAUUGACCACUGGAUUUUGGCCCACACAGACGGCAACGCCUAAUUGCAACAUACCAUCAGCGCCACGCGAGGCAUUUGAGGUGUUCAAGAAGUUCUAUCUGGACAAGCACUCAGGUCGGCAGCUGACGUUACAGCCGCAAAUGGGCACUGCCUAUAUAAAUGCCGUAUUCUACGGCCGUAAAGCGAAUGACAGCGACAAGGACAAGGAUGGGCCAAGCUCAAGUUCAAGUGGCUGUGCUGUGCCGACCACAACACGCAAGCAUAUACUACAAGUGUCCACCUACCAGAUGUGCGUGUUGCUGUUGUUUAACAAUCGGGAUGUGCUGACCUAUGAUGAUAUACACCAGGAGACGGACAUACCGGAACGGGAGCUGGUUCGCGCACUGCAAUCGCUGUCAAUGGGCAAACCCGCACAGCGAUUGCUAGUGCGCAACUCCAAGACGAAAACAAAAGACAUUGAGCCCUCGGACGAGUUUUAUGUGAACGAUGCAUUUGUCUCCAAAUUCCACAGGGUUAAGAUACAAACGGUCGCUGCCAAGGGCGAAUCGGAGCCGGAACGCAAGGAGACGCGCGGCAAAGUGGAUGAGGAUCGAAAGCAUGAAAUUGAGGCGGCCAUUGUGCGCAUUAUGAAGGCGCGCAAGCGUAUGGCGCACAACCUGCUGGUCUCGGACGUCACGACGCAGUUGAAGUCACGUUUCUUGCCCUCGCCCGUGUUCAUCAAGAAGCGCAUCGAAGGCCUUAUCGAGCGUGAAUAUCUGGCGCGAACGCCAGAGGAUCGCAAGGUGUACAUCUAUUUGGCUUAAAGGAUAACAAAAUCGAAAAAAAAUUAACACCCUCAGCCCCCACUCAUUUCAAUCAGUUGGCACAUACUCAUUAUUUGCAAUCGAAAGCUAUAUUCAUUUACCACACAACAAGUCAAACAGUUUCCACAUCUCCAACGCCUCCUAUUUCCGUACAAGCACAAUCAUAAUUCGUAACUUAUGCAUAUAUAUAUAUAUAUCAAUUGGAGCACACACAAUCCACAAUUUUAAUGAAGGCACCCAAAACUGGAAUCAUAUAUAUAUUUCGACCAAGAGAUGUUAAAUAGAAUUAUAAAACGCAAUAGACAAGUGCUAAAUUUGUAAGCCUGACACUCAAAAUUGAACAGUUAUUGAUCAUCUUGAGAUGAUCUUAAGCAGCCUCUGCAUCUGCACUCUCUUUCUCUUCUCCCUUGCCAUUGCUAUCCAUAAUAUAAUUUCGACUAUUCACAAAAAUGAAAAACAAAUGAUUUUCUAAAAUUUUUGCAAUUUAUUUAACACAAAUUUUCCAACCAGCAACCAUGACAUAAAAUGAAAAUUGUAUAGCAAUAAGCCCAUAUAUAUAUAUAUAUACAUAUAUAUAUAUAUAUACACACUAUCACAAUCACACACAUCUAAAAUCACACCCAAUAAUACACACACACACACAUACUAUGGAUGGAGAAGCGUACGCGAAGCAAAAAAAAUAAGAAUUAAUGCAUAAUGCAAAAACUUAAUUCUAAGCAGCAGUAUAAAUAUAGCUAAAAUAAUAAAUUUAUAAAUGAAUAAUAAAUUUAGUGAGCGUUUGAUGUA